AUGCCAUCACUCGUAUACGUAGUCAAACUUCAAGCAUUGCCUCACUCAUCUCCUGACAGAUACAAUAUGGGUAGGAUACACAACACAUAUGCAACUCCUCGUAAACGUGCAAGCUGGGACGUUUCAAAAUCGAAGUAUUUCAUGCGACACUAUCUAUCGCGGGGGACUUUUGCUCCUCCACCAGAAGCAAGUCUUGUCUCCUUCUUGUCGCGGCUAGCUCAUACCCUGGGCUCCUAUGCCAAGGAUCCUCGCUGA